AUGGCCAAAGACGGUGCUCAGGAAACCUCUCAGCCCAAACAAUACACUGGAAGCACUUCGAAUUCUCCAGAGAUACAAGAUGCUCAUGAUCAGACAACUACCCAGACUCAGGCUCACACUGGCGGAAGCACUUCCGAUAUCUCAGAACUUCAUACCGGUCAAUCGUCUGAUAACGAGGCAGGCUCUGCGUCGAAACAUGGACAAACUAAUUUAUCACAGAGUCAUUCUGUAGCACCAAUCAACCCUGCAGCUCAUAGCACUGUAGUCCAUCCAUCUGGCAGCAACUCAGAGUCUCAUCCUCAAGGAACGUCCCCCCCUGAUCGUGUCCAGCCUAGCAAAGUUCCUAUUACUCACACUGAAAAACCUCUUACUCGAAACUCUCAGAUCAACAAUACCCCAAAUCCCAAAGCGCAGGUCACCGCCACUCCUACUCGCGUGGCGUCUCUUACCAGCAAACCUGCAGUUGUGUCGCACAACGGACAUUCAGCAUCUGUGCCGAAAGGGACAACUUUUCCCAAUCUAUCUCAGCCAGUGAAAGCUUCUGAUACCCAUCAUCUGGCGCCUCCUACUAGUAGCUCUGAUACCCAAACUCACAAUCAUAACCCAAACUCACAAUCUCAACGGCCCCAUGUUUCGAAUAACGCUCGUCCCACCGAAGUCGCUCCUUCCAAUCCCCAUAAAGCUCCUAGUCGCAGUUCUAUUGAUCAUCAACAUACAAUAACCAGCUCGAUAUUUACACCUCAGAAAACUUCACCUCCUGAACCGGCCAAAGUUUCUAAUUCCCAUAACAUUCCGGCUCCCCAUAUCUCUGACAUUCAUUUUCACAAUAACAAUCCACAAAAUCAUUCCAAGGAUUCUCAGCAUCACGAACACAGUUCUUCUGCCGCAUUCCAUACCAGCAACGCAAAGGUUCGUCCCCAAGAAACCCCACAUCCCGGUCAUAUUCAUAGUUCUAAUGCCUCUGAUAUUCAUACCCAGGCUCCUCCUGCUCGUAGCUCGGACGUGAACCAUAGUUCUCCCACACCUCCUAAUAACCACAGUUUUAAGACCAAAUCGCACAUCAACAACUCCAAAUCUCUCCCCAAAGAGACGCCGCCUCCUGAUCGUUCUCAUACAACUAAGAUAUUGCAUUCUAAUACUCAUUCCCACUCGCAACCUACCCAUACUUCGGUAGUACAUUCCAAACAAGUUUCGGAUCCCCAUUCCCAGAAACCUCCUCCUCCCAAACAUACCUCCGCAACUCAUUCACACGGUGACGGCACACCUUCUCAUACGCAAGAUUCCCAUUCUCACAGCGAGCUAGCUCCGACUCAGAUUCAUCAAUCCCAGACGCACACAACUUCUACUGACAAGUCCAAGUCGCAUCAUACUAAUGCAGAACCGCCUCAUACAACCACCAAGGGAUCUCCAGCCCAGUCCCAUACAGCUGCAGGCCAAGACCAUACUCACGCGUCGGCACCCCCACAGGCCUCAAGUAAAUUCAAUCAUAAAACCACAGAGCAUCAUCCAGUCACCACUCAGACCCAUCAAGCGCCACAUCUCUCUAAGGACACGGCUUCUGCUGGCAAGGCCAUGUCACAUUUCACUAUUGCCGAACCGUCUCGUAUAUCCACCAAGGGCUCUCCGGCCCAGUCCCGUCCAGCUAUAGUCACAAACCAUUCUCAUGCGCCAGCGCCUCCACAUGAAACAAGUACAUCCAAUCACAGAUCCAUAGAACAUUCUCCAGUCACCACUCAGAUUCGUCAAACGCCACAUCCCUCCAAGGUCACCGCUACGAAAACAACCCAUUCUACAGACUCGCCUCCUCAACGUACGGCUUUAUCUCAAAGUGGUUCUAAUCGGGCUUCCACCAUUCACAAUCACAACACCGUCUCAUCUUCACAUGGCGUGUUACCCAUGGGCGUGUCAGAUACAGGAGGAUUUGAAUCUCAUUCUGCGCAACAAACUACUGUGGAACCAACUCCGAGUCCUAUUCUAGCUGCAUCUUCUGUCCAAUUUCAAUCGAUCACACAGUUCGUUACUUGGGAGGGAAUGCCUGGAGUGUCCGUUACUAAAUCUUCUACGAAUCCUAGUAAGAAAGUUUUGGACAUAUUUUCCUACAACCCUUCGUCGAGUAAUCUUCAUACUGCACCUUCGGGUAGCCCUCAGGACAGAGGUGCAGAUAAACAGAGUCCAUCAUCGGAUAACGGUGCUUCCACCUCCAUUGAACCGCCCAAAGGUCCAGGGACUGUGCCAUCGGGGCCGGGUAUCCAUUCUAAACCACAGAAUACACAGAAGCCUUCGAGCCACCUUUCCGGUCCUGCAGUGAUUGGAAUAUGUAUCGCAGUUAUUUUCACGAUUCUUUUGAUUGCUUUCAUUCUCUUCGGUCUACUCUAUUAUCGACGCAAACACCGGAAGCUCAAAAAGGAAUUACUUCGCUACCAUGCUGACAGAAACGUAGCACCACCUGUUUACGUUCCUGGCGGCUGGAAAGCUACGACGACUCCUUACUUCUUAGACGUCGAAGGCCAGGUUCGAAGCAUGCCGAAUUCUAGUUAUAACUAUCUGUCCAAGGAUAAUUCCACUCCCUACAUGUCUCGCCAUCCAAGCGUCGCCCGGAAAACUUCUUCCAUGGAAAAACAACUUUACAGCGAUUUUGACAAUGUUGCUGCCUAUCGUUAUUCCAAGAUGGCCUCUAUUGACGAACCCCAGACAUUGACUUCGAAUGAAAUCAUCCAGACGAAAACACCAUUGUAUCAACCUCCUCAAAACUCGAACACGAUUUUGAAUUCCUCGGAUUCGCACAGAACCAGUUUCUUAAGGUCAGAUACACUGUACUUAUCUGGGCAGGAAUCAGCUAGAACAGCAAGGAGUCCUAGUCCCCAGGUAUAA